AUGGAUACGCAUCGUGCACACCGCGGGGAGCCGAGGAAAGGUCGAGAUGAAUCCGACCGACGACCAACAGGCCCUCUCGGUGAACGGGGCGCAGGGCGAGAGAGACACGAUGAUCGUAGUCGGGACCAUUACAGGCGAUAUCGUAGCCGCUCCCCGCGCGAUCACCGAUCUGGCCGCAAAGACGGUGAUUCAAGAAACUGGGGCCGAAGUCGCGAGGACGGGGACGAGCGAAGGGGAAGAAACCGCGAUAGAAAUGGCGAGCGAGAUGCUCGCGCGGGCCCGCGCGAGCGGUCCUCCUCGAACCGAAGAUACUCUGGGGUGCGUGUUCGAACGGGACGGAAAGAAUCGCGCAGCAGGAGCCCGAGAAAGGAGCAGCUCGUCGUGCCGGCUCGCGAGCCAGUAAGCCGAAGCCGAGAGCCCGAGAAUCCUCCGGGCCUCAUCACUUCACCCGUCAGCUUCAAGGUAGGACCUACAUCGGAACCCGACCGAAUGGAGGUAGAGAGGCGGGGCAAGAAGGCGAAAGCUGAUUCUCAACUCAAGCCUGUCGAAGCUGACGAGAUCGUCGUGGAGGAAGAAGCGGAUAUUGCCGCCAUGAAGGCAAUGAUGGGUUUCGGUGACUUUAACACGACGCAUCAGAAGAAGGUGGCUGGAAAUAAUAUCUCGGCCGUCCGUAAGGAGAAAAAGACUGAGUACCGGCAAUACAUGAACAGGGUUGGAGGCUUUAAUCGGCCCCUAAGUCCAAGCCGAUGA